CCCUUGGGAAAAGCCCAAUGGAGAGGCCUCCCAUAGCAUGAAGCUGUAGCCAAAGUGGAGGGAGUGCAGAGAACAGCAGCAGCGAUUAUGGGGCGAGAGGGAAUUGGCCUCUGAUGGAAGAUUAAAAGAAUUAAAGCUGUGGAGGUUUGGGUUUCUGCUACCCUGGCUGCACACUCACUAUAAAAUUCCCCCAAGGGAGAGAAAGCAAGCAAACGCCUUAGAGUUAUCUACAAAAUUCACAAAAAGUCACUUCUUCGUAAAUUAUUACGUGCCAGGAAAACAUCAAGAGAAACAGAGUCUCAAGAACACAGGCAAGGGAAUCUGGGAGAAGGAAUAUUGGUCUUCAAAACAAAAAAAUGCUACAGUGCUAUAGGCAGUAAAUCUCAUUAACGGGACUUUGCAUCAAGGCAGAAACCAGUAUAGUGACAAUAAUAAUCCCAUUUAUUUACAUAGCUCCGAAUGUAGCGUUGCCACUUUCCAAUAAAACAAAGGCAGAUUCCUCAUUGGCAGAGGACGGAUCGAAGGACCCAAUCAGUUUCUUCCAUCCCUAACUUCUGUGAAUCUCAGAUAAAUACACGACUUUGGAGAGACUGGAGUGGGGGGCUCUGCGAUCUCCAUUAGACACUCAGCUCCAAGUUCGAGACAACAAGCGUUUUCUCUCCAGGCCCCAGAGGAAGGAAAUCAAUGCAUCUGCAGAGAAAGAGGAAGCCAUUGAGUUGUUUUGAAUGAAAAUGUUAUUGGGUUGUGGGUUUUUUUAGAGGAUUGAUCUAAAAAGGAAAGUGAGGAGACAAGAAAGGGAGACAUAAGACAUUGGCCUGCUGCUGUCUGACUGGCAGAUUCCAGUUAACACCUUAUCAGCAGAGCAGCAGGCAGCAGCAAAUCCUCAUCUGCUGAAGCUGCACAGGGAAAGAAAGAGGGGAGGGUGUUCUGUAACCAGGGACGACAAUAGCAACACUCCACAGUGCUAUCGAGAGGAUAGAGAGAGAGACGCACACACAGAUCCUGCACAAUAACCUUCCUUACCAGGCUGUGCAAGUAAGGGCAGGGGAGGAAAAACAAAUCAACCUGCAGUGUUUAAUUUUUUAUGAAGAGAAACCAUGACUGAAAUGUAACCACGGCUUUGGUCGCUGCAAAACAGAACCCGAACCCCAAAGCCCUCUCUCCAAGUGGAAUGUAGCAAUUCUGUUUAUUAGCGUUAUUCUUCAGUUGAAGAGCGGGGUAAAAUCCUCCAGGACUGAAAUCCUAUCUCCCGGUAAGGCUGGAGCACCACUAAAACAAAAGCAAUUCUCCCCUCUGCCCCUUACUCCACUGCUGCUGCUUUUUUGUUUUUUAAAGAAACAUUGUUCUAGGAAGGAGAGGAGAUUGGAAGAAGAACCCAAGGUGAUUUUGAUUUUUUUUUUUAAAGUCAAGGUAAGCCUUCUGAUGACCCCUCAGUGAAAGAGGGGGAGUUACAAGGCAAUAUAGUAGUUGAUGUACUGAGUGAUCUGGAGGAAGAGCUGCUGGGCAAUAAUGGGGAAAUCCAACAGCAAGUUGAAGCCUGAAGUUGUGGAAGAGCUCACCAGGAAGACCUACUUUACAGAGAAGGAGGUGCAGCAGUGGUACAAGGGCUUCAUCAAGGACUGCCCCAGCGGACAGCUGGACGCGGCUGGCUUUCAGAAGAUCUAUAAGCAGUUCUUUCCCUUUGGCGACCCAACGAAAUUUGCAACUUUCGUUUUUAAUGUCUUUGAUGAAAACAAAGAUGGGAGGAUCGAGUUUUCGGAGUUCAUCCAGGCGCUGUCGGUCACUUCUCGAGGGACCUUGGAUGAGAAAUUGCGGUGGGCAUUUAAACUGUACGACUUGGACAACGACGGGUACAUCACGAGGAACGAGAUGCUGGACAUCGUAGAUGCUAUUUAUCAGAUGGUGGGAAACACGGUAGAGCUUCCAGAAGAGGAAAACACACCUGAGAAGAGAGUGGAUCGGAUUUUCGCUAUGAUGGACAAGAAUGCUGAUGGGAAGCUAACGCUGCAGGAGUUCCAGGAAGGCUCCAAAGCCGACCCAUCCAUCGUACAGGCACUGUCCCUCUAUGACGGACUCGUAUAGUCCCGGGAUCCCAAGCUGAGUUGCCUGGGGGAAGAUUCUUUCUGUGCCAUCAGACCACCUCAGUAAAGAAGCUUGCCUGUCCCUCUCCAGCCUUCCUUCAUGUUACACGAACAAGGGAGGCGCUUGAAGUGUGAGGUCAUCCCCUGCGCCCACUCUGCACUCUGAAUUAACCGUGUCCAUUUGCCAACUUCUGCUUUCUCAACAACAACAACAACAACAAAAA